AUGGGCUCCGCAUAUUCCGUCCUGCCCCUCCUGGUUGUCACCGCGCUCCUCGCUGGAACUCCUUUCGCCGCUCCCCCCGAAGUCCAGCACUUCUCGACACUUGCUGUCUCCAACGCACCGCCCGAUACUCCUGUGAGCCUGUCGAAGUCCAAUAAGCUCAAGCCGGAAGUCGUAGAAGAACGACUGAACAUGGAAAAUCUCAAGGCGGGGGUUGGCAGCAUGAUCAAGAAAGUGUCGUCGUCCUCCGGUCUGGACUCGGAAUCAAGACGCAUAAAAGAUGUCCUUACCCAUACUAAAUCGGCACGGAAGGCUUUUGACGUGUUACACACGGGGUCCACCCCUUUCGAGGAUAUUGCUGCACGACUAACAGCCCUAGUUAAGGCCGAGAGCUCUCCUGUCUACGAGAAGGACCUUAAAGCUGCUAAAAAGGCAGUCAGAGCUGCCAAGAGAAUCUUUCGUCGUGACAUAAAGGUCGUCGAAGGUGCCUUGAAACUCAUUUAUCAAGACAAAAAGGUCGUCGCCGAUCGAAUCGAGGCACUAGUGAAGAACCCCCCUCUCGACAGCGCCGCCGUUGGCGACUACGAAAACCUAGUCCCUACCAAUGGUCUCCCUCAGAAGAUCGUUGAUAAAUUCGAGGUGAGCAAGCAGGCUCUUGCCCACGCAGAGAGCAAGAUUUCUGAGCUCAACAAGAAGAUUGUUGACGUCGAGUCGGCUCGUAAAGAAUUCGAGCUUGCUGUGUCCAGCUUCUUUGACAAUGCUGCGUUCUUGGCUUGGUAUAAAAAAUAUGCCAAACCAGUAGAUGAAGACGCUCCACGUGGUAAUGCCGUGUACCUGUUUUUGGUUGAACAAUUUGGGGACAACCCGUGGGUGGCUGCAGCGGUGAUCGAUUCGAUGCGGCGCAAGUGGGGCACUGCAGGUUCGGUAGCUAAAGAGCUGGAGAUCGCGCAGUUUCGCAGUUGGGUUACCUAUGACAAGAAUUUAAAAUUCCACACUGACGGUCUGCCUUUGAAAGGGCGGAGAGAUGUUCCUGCUUCGGUUUUCUUGACCGUACAAGAUCAAUUCGUUGACUUUCAAACUGGACGAAACAGAUUUAUGAGUGUCUAG